GGGUGUUUGCGAGCCUCCAGCGGGAGACACUGAACCAGCGGGGGGGCACGCCGGAGUCCCUCAGCCAGAUGGACACUGAUGCCUUCGUGGAGGCAACGCAGUGGUGCGCGGCCCAGGCCCUCUCCCAGGGGCGCCGCAUCCCGGGGCCCCUGAGCUUGCCGCCUCACGUGGGCGUCCCGCUGUGCACCCAGGCGCAGGCUGGCUGGUGGAGCGCCGCACACCAGCUGCACACCAACAGCGCCGGGGAGCAGCUGCCCGAACUCCGGCGUGUGCUCCAGAGGGGACUGGAGGUGAUCCGAGGGAUUGGCAACCAUGGCUUGGACCUGCCGCUUGUGGUCCACUUGGCCAGGACGUUCGCUGUAAGGUCGUCGUCCAAGCGGGAGCAGUGCCAAGACGAGGACGUCUGCCUGUCCCUGGAGGGUCGUGCGGCCCUCUACUGGCAGCUGGCCCUCUCCCUCCUGGAGGCUGGCAGUGGGCCCUUUGCGUCCCCUCGGGGGCCCUCCCGGCGCCUGUUCGGACCCUCGCCCCUGACGACCCCCCUGUCCUCGGCCGAGGAGCGUGCUCUGCGGGAGGAGGCCUGCAUGUUCCUGGCCGUGCGGGCCAUGAACGCGGAGUGCCUCGAGGAGGCCGCCGAGAUGCUGGCCGACCUCCGCUCGGCCGAGGCGGCGCUCUACACCGCCCUGGUGCUGAAGCGUCUGUCCCAGCAGAAGGCUGGGGACCCCGGCAUGCAACAGGCGCUGCUGACCCGGGCCAGGAACUCCCUCCUGCUGUCCCUGGAGCGUGGCCAGAGGGAGGCCCUCAACCAGGACCUCACCCUGCAGGUGCGCCAGCAGCUGGAGGACCUGGAGGCUCUGCUGGCCGAGGCCAACCUCUCCAACGGCAGCCUGGAAGAGCAGGUGGGCUCUCCCCGACGGGGUCUGUCGACCAGCCAGUUCCGCAACAGCACGCAGAGCAGCAGCACGCCCCGACCCGACCGCAGGUUCUUCGAGACUCGCACGGAGGCGGACAUGACAAACAUAGGCUCUGAGUCGGUAACCGACACGCCGCCGAGGUCCCGCACGCGCCAGGCAGCUCGAGACGCAGCCGGGUCUUACGGCACGGACCUGACGGAAGUGAUGCUGCGCUCCCUGUCCCUGCACCAAGACAUCGUGGUGCGGUCCCUUGGCCAGAUGCAGGAGACCAACCGGCAGAUCCUGACGGAGAUGCGCGAGAUCGGCAAGGCCAUGGCCACAGAGGCCAAGCAGAGGGAGACCCUCAUGGAGCAGCUCGUGAAAAAACUGGAGGACGCAACGACGAGGGCGACGGCGGCCCGGUCCCAACGGCACCGCGAGGAUUCUGAGUAUGUGGACGACUACGUGGGCAACUAUGAGGCCGAGUACGACUCCUACGCCGACUACUCCCACCCGGAGGCCGGCGGCGGGGCAUCCCCGCUGGUCGCGGCCCCCGCCCCGCUCCCCCUGGGCUACCCCCCGUACCGCGGGCAGCCCUAUGGGGGCUUCCCCGCCGCUCCCCUGGGGUACCCCCUGGUGCCCCCGCCGCCGCCCAUGGGGAGGCCCCUGGCGCCCCCGCCCCCGCAGGCCUUCUACUCGCCCCAGGCAGCGGCGGCCGCCGCGGCCGUGGCCACUCCGGGACUGCGCUUGGCUGAAGGACAGCCACUGCCACAUUUCACCUUCGACAUCAGCCAGCCGCCACCACCUCCUGUGCCGUCCAUGAUGCCGGCCGGCAGACUACCGGCGCCCCCGGUGCCGCCGCCCUCCGCAUUCAGCCGCCUGGGACCCCUGCCACCCCCUCCGGCCCCCACGCUAACCCCCCCGAAGCCCCCCAAUGCCCCGCACGCCUUCCAGAUCCCGCUGCCCCCCACGGCCUCCGCGGGCCAAUCGCCAUCCUUCCUUGGGAAUGCAGCUACAGCUGCUACGGCCCCCGCCCCUGCCUCCACGAUGCCCCAGCUAGAAGGGCUGCUCAGGAAAGGGCCUGCAGGGGGACCUCCUCCUGCCUCCCUGGUGCCGGAGAAACAGGCGCCUACGACGCCGGUUGGCAGCAAGACUGGCGAGCAGGCCGCCACGCCGUCUCCCGGCGUGGCUCGCAGGGGCUCGCAGCGCCUGAGCACGGGCUCGGAUGACUAUCUGGAAGAGGCCGAGGUGGAAGGGAACUUCAAGCCCCUCAUCCCGCUCCCCGAGGAGGUCUCGGUCUGCACCGGCGAAGAGAACGAGAAGGUGCUUUUUGAGGAGCGUGCCAAGCUGUUCCGCUUUGUGGACAAGGAGUGGAAGGAGCGGGGCAUCGGAGUGCUCAAGCUGCUGGAGAACCAGGAGGGGAAGGUGCGCCUGCUCAUGCGUAGGGAACAGGUGCUGAAGGUGUGUGCCAACCAUAACAUGCACCCGUCCAUGACGCUGACACCGAUGCCCAACAAGGACACUGCCUGGAUCUGGGACGCCCAGGAUUUUGCCGAUGGCGAGCCCCGCCCGGAAAAGUUCUGCGUCCGCUUCAAGACCCCCGAGAUUGCGUCUCGCUUCAAGGAUGCCUUCGAGCAGGCCGUCCAGAAGUCCAAGCGGCCACGGGCACCCUCCUCUUCCUCCUCGGUGUCUGGAGGUGGUGCCAUUUCGUCUCCGUCCCCGGCAGCGGCCGCAUUCUCGCCACCCUUCUCUGCCGGGGCCUCCUUUGGCUCGCCCAAGUCCACCUUUGGAUCGGUGAUGGCCGCGAGCGCCGUGUCGGCCCUCUCGUUCGGUUCGCCUGUUGUGGCCACGGUCGUGGCGUCGGGCUCUCCCCCCACGAGCCUGCCGUCUCUCCCCGCGACGGGUUUCGGCAAGAUGUUUCACCCUAAGCCCGGCGCAUGGUCCUGCCACGUCUGCUACGUCAGCAACGAGGCAAACAAGCUGACGUGCGCAGCGUGUGACUCUCCGAAGCCGGACUACGUCAGCAACGAGGCGUCUAAGCCGACUGGUUCAACUACCGACUCUCAACAGCCGGGCUCCGGGAAGCCCAAGACGGCGUUGGUGCAGGCUUCCGGCACGAAGCCGGGGACAUCUUUGUUCGGCGAGAUUGCUGCCAGCAAGACGCCCACUGCAUCUCCAGCUUGGACUACAUUUGGAGCGAUUGCUACCAGCAAGGCAUCGUCUGCGCCGCCGGGUCAGUCUGUGUUCGGAGCGAUUGCUACUAGCAAGGCAUUGCCCACUUCCCCAGCUCAAUCUGUGUCUGGAGACGUUGCCGCUGGCAAGGCAUUACCUGCUUCACCGGCACUGUCUGUGUUUGGAGCGAUCGCUACCAGCAAAGCAUCCUCUGCCGUGCCAGCUCAAUCUGUGUUUGGGGACGUUGCUACUAGCAAGGCGUCACCCACCCCACCGGCACAGUCUGUGUUUGGAGCGAUCGCUACCAGCAAGGCAUCCUCUGCCGUGCCAGCUCAAUCUGUGUUUGGGGACGUCACUACUAGCAAGGCGUCACCCACCCCGCCGGCACAGUCUGUGUUUGGACAGAUCGCAACUAGCCAGGCGUCCACGGCUUCUCCGAGCUCGUCCGUAUUCGGAGACAUUGCCAAGAGCAAGGCGUCCUCAGGUGCAACUGCCCCGUCUCUCUUUGGUGGAUGCGCCACAACCAAGGUCCCCCCGACUGUUGCGACGUCGGCCCACGUCUUCACGUUCGGUGUCACAAUGCCGGACCAGAAGCCUGUGGCAUCUGCCUCUCCGUUUGGUGGCUCAAGCAGCGGUGCAAACGUCUUCGGCGGCUUCACCUUCUCCUCGCCACCCAAGGUGAAAGAGGCGCCGAAGGAAGAGAGCAAGGCUACGCCAGCUGCGGCAACGACGAAAGGCGAGGCCGCGAAGCCCAGUCCCUUCGCCAGCUUUUCCUUCCAGUCUCCCACCAAAAAAGAAGAGCCGAAGGAGGCCGCUGCAUCCCCUUUCGUAAUGGGCGCCCGCUCGGAAAUCAGCAAGCUGAGUCUGACACCGCCCGUGGCUCCCUCUGCCGUGUCGUUGCCAAACCUGGCGAAGUCUGCUCUUGGAAAAGCGUCGCCGCCGGCUCCCGCCAAGACACCGCGGAGCCCCCAGGAGGUGCCUGAAGAGUUUGUGCCCAACGUGGAGUUCGAGCCUGUAGUUCCCCUUCCCGAACUGGUCGAGGCCAAGACGGGCGAGGAGGAUGAGGAGGUGUUGUUCUGCCAGCGGGCCAAGCUGUACCGUUACGACGGGGAGACGAAGCAGUGGAAGGAGCGCGGCGUCGGGCAGCUGAAGAUACUGCGGCACGGGGAGACGGGCGCGUGCCGGGUGCUAAUGCGGCGGGACCAGGUGCUGAAGCUGUGCGCCAACCACCGCAUCCUACCCGAGAUGAAGCUGGGGCCGCUGGCGACGGGCGACCGGGCCUGGUCGUGGUUUGCCAAGGACUAUAGCGAGGGGGAGCUGAACAGCGAGCAGUUGGCAGUGCGCUUUAAGACGCGGGAGCUCGCCGAGCAGUUCCGGCAGGUCUUCGAGAGCUGCAGGGACGAGGCGGUGCAGGUGGUGCCUGCAAAAGCGGAGGUGGCGCAGGAAGCGAAGACCGAGGAGAGCGUGCAGCAGCAGUCCGUGCCGCUGUCGCAGCUGAGCCAGUUCAGGCCAAAGCAGGGUACAUGGAGCUGCGAGACGUGCUACGUUGAGAAUCCGACUGAGAGGGCGGUGUGCAUGGCCUGCGAGACACCGAGACCCGGUGCUGUGCAGCCCGGCCCGGGGGCUCCAUCGCCCCUCGCUGCACUGGAGAAGUUUGCCUCCCCCGUGGUUGGCAACACUGGCUUCCCCGUUGGACCCUCGGCGACGACUCCGGCCAAGUUCAGCUUCGGCUUCCCUUCGGCCGGCGCUGCAACCGCUUCGUCCCAGGGCGGUGCCUCCAGCAAGGCUCCGGGCUUCGUGUUCGGCUGUGGUACGCAGCAGUUUGGCGGCAGCGCACCCCCAUCCACGUUCACCUUUGGUGCUGCCGUUUCCUCCGCCAACGCGCCCUCAUCGAGUGAGGAGUCUUCACAGGCACCGGGUGCGUUCAAGUUCGGCAGCCCGCAGAAGUACGAGUUCAGCUUCAGCGGGGUGCGCCCCCGGAGCCCGGGCAAGACUCCCAAGUCUCCGGGGACGCCGACGGACGCAGAGGAGGAGGACGCCGGCGGUUGGACGGAAUCGCCCGAAGCCGACAUCUACUUCCAGCCCGUGGUUCCCCUACCCCCCAAGGUUGCCGUGAAGACUGGAGAGGAAGAGGAGGAGCUCUUGUACAGUCACCGUGCCAAGCUGUACCGCUGGCUGGACGGGGAGUGGAAGGAACGGGGACUCGGGGACAUCAAGCUGCUCUUUGACCCCGCCGCCAGGCGCGUCCGUCUGCUCAUGCGACGAGAACCGGUGCUGAAGGUGUGCCUGAACCACCUGCUGAGCCGGGAGCUGCAGUUGACCAAGAAGGACGACAAGGUGGUGCUGUGGUCGGCCACUGACUUCUCGGACGGGGAACCCAGUCCGCACCAGUUUGCCCUGCGCCUCAAGACCCCGCAGCUGGCCGACGAGUUUCUGGCGGCGGUCGAGGCCGCUAAGGCCCGCCUGGACGCUCCCCCAGAGUCGGCUGCAAAGGCGGCAUCGAAGCCUGCGUCUCGAGUCGAUGCGUCGACGUUCUCCUUCCGACUGGACGAUACACCAAAGGAAGCCACCUCCCCUGCCACCCCCCCAGCAGCCGCCAGCUUCUCAUUGGCCUCUCGGUUCGGGGGCUCUCGGCAAUCGGUUGUCCGGUCCCUCUUUGGCAACACGUCCCCCGCAAAGACCGACUCCGACGACGCGGUGGAACUGGUGUUUGAGGCCAAGGCGACUGAGGCCCAGGUGGCACGUGCGAGGGAGCUCCUUCUCCCCGACAACUUCUUCCUCUACGAAACAAGGCCCCCGUGCCCUGGCUGCAGGGGCUGCGACGAUUGGGACACAAAAAAAAGUGGGUGCUCCUCGUCUGCGACGCCACCCGCCGCAGCCGCGCCCCGUCGGACGGAGGCCGUCAAGAAGGAGCCCGCCAACGUGGCGGCGGCAGACAGCACAACGGACGAGGGCAGCCUGUUCAGCUCGAGCUCGGUGAUGCAGUUCUCGUUUGCCGAGCUGGCCCAGCAGGGCGCCUCGGGCUUCGGCAAACCCGCCGGGUCGCCGCCCAAGAGCAGCAUCCCCCUCCUGGCCGGGGCUGGCUCCAAGCUGUUCCAGUCGGCCUCGAGGCACAAGUCCGAGGCGGAUGAUGACGGAGAGGAGGAAGUGGCCCCCAGCAGCGAGGUGCACUUUGAGCCGGUGGUGCCCCUGCCAGACCUGGUGGAGCUGAAGACGGGCGAGGAGGAGGAAGAGGCCCUGUUCUGCAGCCGGGCCAAGCUGUACGUCUUCCACGCGGACCUCAAGCAGUGGAAGGAGAGGGCCAUUGGGGACAUCAAGAUCCUCAAGCACAAACACCGGCCCUGCUGCUUCCGAGUGCUGAUGCGUCGAGACCAGGUGCACAAGAUUGCGUGCAACCAUGCCAUCACGGGCUUCAUAAGGUUGGCCCCCCUGUCCACCUCGGCCAAUUCCCUCACCUGGAACGCCAUCGACUACACGGACGGAAAGCCCUCGCCCGAGAGCUUUGCUGUGCGCUUCAAGAAUGCCGAAAUCCUGGAUGCAUUUGCAAAGACGUUCGAAGAGUGCCGUCUGGCUGUUCUGGAGAAGGAAAACAUAGGAGGUUCGGAGGAAGCGGUGUCGGGGAGGAACGGCGAACAGGAGAAGAGUGAGCAGGAAAGCACCGAGAAGGAGGACGAGGAGGAGGAGGAAGAAGAGGAGGAAGAGGAUGAGGAGGAUGAAGAGGACGACGACGACCACGGGGAGGAUGUGAUGUUCGAGAAGAGGGUCACCCUGGCUGUUUUGAGUCCGAGCGGGGACUCUUACCAGAUGGUGGGCAUGGGUAACCUGCGGAUGGUGUACGACGACUCCUGCUACGGGGCCCGCAUCCGGGUGCUGUCGGACGACGCUGCGGAGGGUGGCGGGGUGCCGCUGUGCGACACGAUCGUGGCGGUGCAGACGUGCCUGCGCACGGAGCGCCUGCACGCCUUCUGGUCGGCGGUGGACAUGUCGCGCAACCCCCACGAGCGGCGCCACUUCCGGGUCACCUUCAGCUCGCCCCAGGCCGUCCAGGAGUUCGACAGGGCCUUCACCGAGGGAAAGGAGCUAGCCCUGUCCAGCUCCAUAGUGGAAACGAUUGACGAACCUCCCAGUCAUCCCAAAUGAAGACUGCUUAAUUAGUCAAUAUUUGCUUUCUUUUAUGCAUAACUUAUGCAAUUAAAACAAGUUAAUCGACAGUGUAAAUAAUGGUAACUUAUGAUGGUGAUUCUCAUACUGCCUGAAAUAAAGUCUUGCAUGAUCUUUGA